AUGGGCAACAUGUCUUACGCAUUACCCGGUCAUCACCCUCAGUAUGAUCAAUUGCAAUAUCCCCCAGGUCAAGGCAUGAUGUAUCCCAUGCCAGUGCCAUAUAUUCACAAUGCUGGAAUGGCUUACAGUGUGCCAUAUCCAUAUCCGCCUUAUACGAUUCCACCUCACGGCCCCCAUUACCAGCAAUAUGGAAAUCAGCCCAUGCAGAACAUCCCUCAACAUUCACCAUACCCUCAAGGCUAUUAUCCAUAUGCCGGCUAUCCUCUGCACCGAGGUCAAAUGCCCGCGCCCGCGGUCGGUCAGGCCCAGACAGCCUUAUCGAACCCGGACACCCGCAAGGAAGCUGACAGACGAACCGGGCAACUCGAAUACGACGUUUCCAAGACCAUCGUGGAUGGUUCCAAUCCCAUGAAACUGGUCACACCUCAACCGUUCCUCUCUGACAACAAUUCCCAUUCACACUCCGCACCGUCCGCCCCGAGCACUCCACGAGGACCCCCACGAAAACCCAAGCAAUCAGGCCAUGCCCUCUGGGUAGGCAAUCUCCCACCUGGAGCCAACGUCGUGGAUCUCAAGGAUCAUUUUUCACAAGAUGCAACCCUUGACAUCGAAAGCGUGUUUUUGAUUUCGAAGAGUAACUGUGCGUUUGUGAAUUACAAGUCAGCGGCAGCUUGUGUCGCGGCAUUAGCUCGUUUUCAUGAUUCUCGUUUCCAGAGCGUGAGGGUUGUCUGUCGACUGCGCAAAGGAUUUACUGCCCCAGGUUCAGGUGUUGCUGGGUCGGUUGGCAUGGUCGGGGGUAGCCUUCCUUCACGGGAUGACGCGACUCCAGUCACGGCUGAUCCACCUCCUGCUUUGGGCGUUGAUGUACCGGAGCUCAGUCUGGCAGCUCCUGCCACAGGUCACGAUCCUCCUCCAGCUCGGGUGGUUGAUCGAUAUUUCAUUGUCAAGAGCCUGGCGACCGAAGAUCUGGAGCUGAGCAAGAUCAGCGGGAUUUGGGCCACGCAGUCUCAUAAUGAGGCGGCGAUGAAUCAAGCAUAUGAGACCGCCGACUACGUUUAUCUGAUUUUUUCGGCCAACAAAUCAGGCGAAUACUUUGGAUAUGCACGCAUGAUGUCGCCGAUCAGCGACGACGACGACCUCGCCCUGGAAAUGCCCCCUCGUCCCGACCCGCCCGCCGCCGAAGACCUGGAUGUGACUCUCACGGCCGCGACCACCACUGCCCCCCAAGGUCGAAUCAUCGAUGACUCCGCCCGGGGCACCAUAUUCUGGGAAGUCGAGUCCAACGAGGAUGACGCCCGCAGCGAGAAAAGUGUGGAACCCGAGGAUCCUGAAGAACAGACCUUUGGGAAACCUUUCCGCAUUGAAUGGGUGUCGACCGCACGCGUGCCCUUCCAUCGAACUCGGGGACUUCGCAACCCUUGGAAUGCCAAUCGAGAGAUCAAAAUUGCUCGUGACGGUACCGAGAUUGAGCCCACGAUUGGUCGGAAAUUAAUUCAGCUGUUUCACGCUUGA